CCACCACCACCUUCUCUCUCACAACUCACAGCAUGGCUCGUACAAAGCAAACCGCCCGCAAGUCCACCGGUGGAAAAGCGCCCCGCAAGCAACUCGCUACCAAAGCCGCCCGCAAGACAGCGACCAAAGGCGGCCCCGCCACCGGCGGUGUCAAGAAACCCCAUCGGUUCCGCCCAGGAACGGUCGCGCUGCGUGAGAUUCGCAGGUACCAGAAGAGCACCGAGCUCUUGAUUCGUAAGCUGCCUUUCCAGAGGCUGGUGCGUGAGAUCGCCCAGGAUUUCAAGACCGACCUCCGCUUCCAGUCCUCGGCAGUCCUCGCUCUCCAGGAAGCGUCAGAAGCGUACCUCGUCUCCCUGUUCGAGGAUACCAACCUUGCCGCCAUCCACGCCAAGCGCGUCACGAUCCAGCCCAAGGACCUCCAGCUCGCCCGUCGUCUCCGUGGCGAGAGGUCUUAAGCCCCUCUCCCUAUUGUCUGUUGCUUGAUUCGCAGGCGCUCCAGUGUACUCGUUGUAUAGUAGACGGGGCUGUUUAUCACUUGAUUUGACUACACGUACUCCUUUUUCCCACUUUUUUACUUCUUGUGUCGCGCCUUGCGCCUUGCGUAAACUGGAUACAAUAUGUCAUACACGUAUGUACUGUUACAGUUUGUAGACAUGGCAAUGUCAUCAUCUUGAUGCCAU